AUUACCAUUAACAAGCUAGAGGAAGCACAAUUGCAAUACAACUCGGUCCCCUCUAGACAGAUCGACCGAGCUCGCCGCGCGUGUCAAGGCCGUAGGAUCUAGGGCAUCCGCCAUGAUCACCGGCUCGGCGGUGUACCAUGUGGUGGAGGCGAUGGCGCCGCUGUACACGGCGGCGGCGCUGGGAUUCGCGUCCGUGCGGUGGCUCAAGGCCUUCUCCGCGGAGCAGUGCGCAGGGAUCAAUCACUUCGUCGCCAUCUACGCCGUCCCCGUGCUCAUCUUCCAGAUGGUCUCCACCAACAACCCCUACGCCAUGAACGGCCGCCUCGUCGCCGCCGACACGCUGCAGAAGGCCGUCAUGCUGAUCGGCCUCAUGGCGUGGGCCGCCUGGGAGUCACGCUCCUCGCGCCGCCGCGGCUCCAAGGUCUCGGCGUCGGCGGCGUCUCCGCUGCAGUGGGUGGUGACCGCCUUCUCCGUGUCGGCGCUGCCCAACACCAUCAUCAUGGGCGUGCCGCUCCUCGGCGGCAUGUACGGGCCCGUUUCCAAGGAGCUCAUGAAGCAGAUCGUCGUCAUGCAGUUCUGCGUCUGGUACAACGUUGUCAUCUUCAUAUACGAGUACAUGGCGGCCCGUCGCGCCGCCACGGCGGUGGAUGGCGUCAGCGCCAAGAUCAGCCCCGGGUCGCCGGGGGCAGAGACGCCGCCGGAGAAAAUCGCCCCCAGUGCAAACGGCUCUGCGGCCGAGCGGGCCCACGAGGUAACCGUGAACAUUGAAAUCACGGAGAUUGUCCCGGCGUCUACGGCACAAAAAGGCGUGACCGACAGUACAACCACGGCGCUCGCGGAAGAGGGGAGUACUGGCGAAGAUGCCAAGGCGGCGGCAGCAAAGGAGGAAGCGGCGCCGCCGGCACCCAAGACGGCGCCGUCGGUGGGGCAUAUCGCCUUGAAGGCAGGGAAGAAGGUUCUCAAGAUUCCGAAUACCUAUGCAAGCUUCCUUGGACUCAUCUGGUCCCUGAUCGCUUUCAAGUGUGGGAUCAAGAUGCCAAAGAUCAUCGACGACUCCCUGUUCACCAUCCAGACGACAGCAGUUGGCCUCAGCAUGUUCGCGUCAGGAACCUUCAUCGCUCGACAGUCGCGGUUCGUCCCGUGCGGCUACACGAUCGCGUCCAUGUCCAUGGUGCUCAAGUUUCUGAUAGGCCCCGUGGUGAUGCUGUUCGCAUCGCUCGCCAUCGGCAUGCACGGCACCCUGCUGCACAUUGCUGUUGUACAGGCAGCACUCCCCCUGGCCGUGACUUCAUUUGUGUACGCUGAAGAAUAUAAAGUCCAUGCAGACAUCAUGAGCACAGGGGUGAUUCUCGGCAUAUUUAUCUCGCUUCCUGUCACAAUUGUGUACUACAUUCUAUUGGGGUUGUGAUCGAGUUAGCAAGAUCCAAGUAACCAAGCCCUGAAACACAAGACAUGACGCACACAACAACUGAAUGCCAUGAUGAUCCAAAUGGAAGCAAAAGAUUGAUUAUGGUAUUGUCCCGAAUAGGAUUAGUCAGUGGAGAGUUCACUAUCACUCAAAUGAGAUUGCAUGAUAGUUGAAACUUCGCAGUGUGCAAGAUGUAGUAUACAAAUCCGAUUGUGAAUUAAUCCUCUAAAUCUAAUGAACAAAGAUAUUUUCAGCAGAGGGUAAUGAAUUUAUUCUUGUACAUGGAGGGGGGAGGGGGCCGCGGGCACACACUUCUCUCAUCAUAUCAAGGCCACCUUCAGAUUC